AUGGCCAGUCUGGUUUUGCUUGUCUCUCCCAAGUUCAAAACUUUAUGGUACUAUUCCAUCGAUAAGCGCGUUUUGGUUCUUUUCUGGAAUAUGGAGAGAGAAGCGGCGCAAACAUUGGAGACGCUCAAACGUGACCUAGACAGAGAGACGAGAGAGUUGGAGAAAGGGUUCACGAGCGAGAGAGAGAGACGGAGUGGUUGCCGGAGUGCCGCCGUUCACUGUCGAAGGUCGUGUCGGAGAGAUCGAACGCCUCCAGCCCGUUCCAUUUCAGGGGCGCCGCAGGGAGGCGUUGAAGGUGUCGCUUCGUCCCAGCUGCUUCCGUCCCUGUCCCGGAGUGUCGCCGGAGUGCCGCCGGACCUUUCUUCUAAAGAUAUUGCCGUCAUGAAGAGGCGGAUAUCAAAUGUUCUUGAACCUGGGGAAACGGUUUUGCAAGCCUUGAGAAGGCUAAAAGGUAACAAUGACAGAAAGGCAAAAAUGUCUGCUGAGACUAAGGUUGUAUUUGACCAGCUAACUGAGGAUGCUAUGAAGCUGAUGGAGAAUGAUGAAUACAGUAAUCAUUUAGAUAGGCUGAUGAGACUCUAUGUCAUGCGACUUGUUUUGAUUCACUGUAUCUUUAGUUGCUAUGCCUACAUUAUGCUUAACUUUGGCUCCUUGACCUUUUUCGCAUAUGUUUAUCAUGAAAAGCGAGAGGUUUUUGAUCGUGAAGCGGAAGGAUAUGAGAAGUUAGCCCGGGCAAAAGAAGGUCCAUCAAAUCAACAUUUGGCUAGUGGAGAAGCCUCUAGCACUGGUGAAGGUGAUUAUGAUAUGUUUGCUGACGAGGAUGAUAACAGUAAGCCAUCUACACAUGAAAAUAAUACAGUUAGUCAAUCUUCAUCGGACGCCAUAAAUUCUGGCACUGAGGGUGGAGCAUUGCAAAAUGAUUAUGUGUAUGAUGAAUCUUCUGGGUACUAUUAUAGCAGCAGUUUGGGCUAUUAUUAUGAUCCAAAUACCGGGCUUUAUUGCUCUGCAGCAUCAGGACAAUGGUACAACACAUUCCUUUAUCAUCUUUUCGUGUGGUUUGUCAAUUUUUAUCCUGAAAUCUUUUAG